AGAAAUUUAUAGCAUUAACUUAAAGAAAUAUAACUCGUGAAACUAUAAUUACCAGGUUUAUUCAUCUAUUAAGUAACUGAGUCAUGGGCUAAUGUAUUUCGCUAGUGUAUUAGUUGUUGAGCUGUCGUGCGAGUCGUAUUUGACAUUGUACGAGAACAGCUAAUAGGUGUUAAAAAUGUUAAAUAAAUUUAAAUAUUUCUGGGGGAAAACGAAUCGAUGGCAUCGAGUUUUCCUCAUAUUUCUCAUAGUCGAGUUAAGGAUAUUCCCCGGUGGUAAAUAUGGUUUUAAAUGCAACGAUCCAGCACUCUCCCACACUUUUACCGGAGACACUGUCAGUUGGAAACUGCUCUUGCUAAUAACACUUACCUUACCCUUAAUUGUGAUGUUCAUUGUUGAAAAGACACAAGAGAAUUCAGAAUCAGCCAAACAGCAAGCAUUGUAUUGGUACAAGGAAUAUUUAUUUGGCUUCUUACUAAAUCUAACAUCAGUACAAUUCAUUAAGUUCCUCGUUGGAUCACCGAGACCCCAUUUCUUUGAUACAUGCCGUCCAGUAGAGGCAGAGACGUGCACAGAGUCACAGUAUAUAUAUAGUUAUCAGUGUACGAACCCGGCUUGGAUCAAUCAAUCGGACACCAGCUUCCCCUCGGGGCAUUCCUCAUUGGCGUUCCACUCUGCUCUCUUUAUUGUUUACUACUUGUAUCAAAGGAAGACGUUGUGUAAAAACACAUUAGUGACCCAGUCCCUGUGCGUGCUGCUGUCCGGGUACUGCGCCGUGUCCCGGUUGUCGGAUCACCGUCAUCACUGGUGGGACGUGGUCGCGGGCUUCGUCAUAGCCAUCGUUGUAUUGAUUUAUACUAUAUUCCAUUUAUGCGGAAACUUUAAAUGUGUGAUGUCAAAUAAGAAGCAAAUACUCGAACGAAACGAGCACAACGAGUGCACAGUAGAGGGCGCCACGUAAGAUAUCCUAAAAAGAUACGUCUACUCACUGGAAAUUAUAAAUUCCUUUGCAACGUGUAAACAUAUUGAGUAACGCGUAUCAGCAACCAGACAUCUUACAAUUUCCGUAACUGUAUAUAUAAUAAAAAAUGUUUUAACGCACCGAGUUAACUAGAAUUAUUUAUAUUUGCUGUGUCAGGUUAUCCCAUGCUGGUAAUGUGUCGCUGGCUAGUCAUGGCGUCUUGUGAUAGUGUUGUAUGCUGUGUUGUCGGAUGUAAGCUCAUGUAUCGUUUAUUUAUUUAAUUUUUAUAUUGUAUAUAAAAGGAAUUGGACAUUUUUGUCUGUUGAUAUUAAUUAAAUGAGGGGACGUUCGUAAAAUACGUGAGAUGUUUAGGGCAGGGUCGGGUCAAAUCUCAUCUAAUGUUACGUUGGAGGCGAAGCUAACGGCAAUUUUUCUUUUCUGAAUGACACGAGAAAAUAUUAAACUAUUUUGGUCCGUUUAAUCCGGAUCGUACACGCUUAAGAUUUAAUCUUGAGCGUAAUCGUUAUGCGAUUGAGACCAGUCCCUACUUCGAUUGAUGCUAGUCUUAAAUAAAGACACAAGAAUGUUUAUUUUUCUUUUUACAAUAAUAACAACGCGUUUGCGUAAGAAACUCUAAUUUUGGAAAUUUUACGUGAGAUUGGGGUUGAAUAAAAUCUCUUGACCCCUCACCAGGGGGGAGGGAGGGACAUUAAAUUUAAGUAAACACCUCACGUGAUUUACGAACGCCCUCCGAGGCUUCAGAGCCCAAUAUUAUGUUCGAUUUUACUGUAUAAACAUGUUAAUGCAUCCGUCUUUUCUUGUUUAUAACUCAUUAAUUUGCUUCCAAGUUACAUUCUAUCUUCAAGGUUGGGUUCUCUAAGGCGUCAGGUCCGGUCGCCGGCCGCCGGUUCAAUGUUCAAAUAAAAUAAAACACAGUAAUGACGAA